UUUCAGAAGCCUCAAUGCUGCUCUAAUUUUGAUGCAUGUAGCCAAAAAAAGAACAGUGAAAAGAGAGAGAGAGAGGAGAGAGAAAGAGUACUGCAUAAGCUUCACACAAACCUUUGUCAACCUAUUUUUACUUCACCUGAGAGUCCACAGACUCUCCAUCUGAGAGUUCCUCAGAUUGAUUCUCAGAGAGAGAGAGAGAGAGAGGGAGUGAGAGAGAGAGAGAGGAGAAGAAGAAGAGUAGCAACUUGGGAAAAGAAAAAAGGAUUUUAUACAAUGCUGAGGAAAAGGAGCAGGCCAUUUCAGAAAGAUUCAUCCUUUUCCUGUGACAAUGUUGUUCACAAAACAAGGGGUUCCCCAUUCUUCACUGUUCCUGGCCUCUUUGUUGGCCUCAGCACAAAAUCCAUGGACUCUGAUUCUGCAAAGAGCCCAACUUCUCCAUUGGACUUCAAGUUCUUCUCCAAUCUCAGUAGCUCCUUUUCAAAAUCCCCGAGAUCCCCGGGCUUCGAGGGGCAACCCAAGAGUUGGGACUGCAAUAGAGUUGGUCUUGGCUUGGUUGAUUCUUUUAAAGAUGAGAAAACCUUAGCUUCUUCAGAGAGCAAAAGCAUCCUCUUGGGUUCUCAAAUGAGAAUUCAUAUAUCAAAUAAAAAAACCCAUUUGAGCUCUCUAAAAGAUGAUAUAGUUCUAGCUACUUCUCCCAAAUCCUUACCCAAAAACUAUGGUAGCUCUUCACAAACUCCUAUUGAUUCCCCAAAGUUUGAAAUUGGAUGCAUUGAGAAUGAAGAUUCUGGCCCUUCUUCUUUUCCUCGGUCUCGGAUAUUUUCAUUCGGCUUGAAGAAUACCCAAUUGAGUUUAUCGAAUUCUUUGCCCAUUCCUAUUGUGGAUAGCAAUGGGUUUAUGGGUUCCCUCUCUGCUAGCGAGAUUGAGUUAUCAGAGGACUACACUUGCAUUAUAUCCCAUGGGCCUAAUCCAAAGACUACUCACAUAUUUGGAGAUUGCAUUCUCGAUAAUGAUCUGAUCCGUUCGUUAGAUCAUAAGAACAUCAAGAAUGUGGAUGCAAUUUUACCCUCUGAUGAUUUUUUGAGCUAUUGUUUUUCUUGCAAGAAAAAAUUAGAACAAGGGGAGGAUAUUUACAUGUAUAGAGGAGAGAAAGCUUUUUGUAGCUGUAAUUGCCGCGAUCAAGAGAUUUUGUCUGAAGAGGAGAUGGGAAAGCCUGCUACUGACGAUUCUUGUGAGUAUCUGGGAUCUUCAUUUCAUGAGGAAAUAUUCAUCUCUUAAUCCUAUCACCAUUAAUCAACGAUCAAUGAGACUGAAGAGGUAAACAAAUCGAUCAUCUGUUUAGUGAAAGUGCUGUCUAUGUGAAUCUUUAGCGGCCAUGGAUGAUUCUUGUGUACAUUUCAUUUGUUUGCUGAUUUGGUUUCAGCGAUCAUGAUGAGAUUGGUCCAAAGGGUUAAUGGCCGAAAAAUGCUUAUUUUUCUUUCUUUUUGAUGUUAUGAGAUUUGAAUUUCGGAUAAAAAGCAUUGCUUUUAGUCAUAAUUUUGAUCAGAGAGGGUUUUAGCCUUUGUACUGGCACCCAAAUUUCCCCUUUUUCUUCUUGCAGACUUAUCGUAAGUUCAAUGAAUAUGAUCUAUAUUUGGUAA